AGGCGGGUCAAUUAAGAGAUUUUGAAAUUUAGAUAUAUAAUUUAUAAAUCAGGCUUAUGUUCGGAUUGUGUUUUGUCAAAACCAAGAGAUAUUCGGGUUGGGCUCCGCUCAACCCAAAAUUAAAAAAAAAAAAUAAAUAAAAUAAUUUAGGACCGCCAUUUGUGGCCGCUGAGAAGCCGACCGCGCCGACGAUCUGCUCCAGCAGUCUAUGUUUCGGCUUGAGGACGAGUUCAGAUCGUUGAUGGAAUGAGGCGGCGAGUCGUUUAAUGUGACUCGGUGGAUCAAAACGUCGACAUCGUCGUUUGGAUCCUCUUGCCGAGCGAACGACGGCUCUACGAUGAUAGGGACUUUCUCUCCGGGUUGACUCGCCAGUUGGUUCAUUCCACCCUGCAACAAACUCAGAACACCAAGGUAUGAAGAAUUCCAUCUAUUUUGUUUUGUUUGGAUCUGUUAAUUUCGUCCAAAUGAGUUCUGAUUUGGCCUCUGUAAUGACUCAGAAAACAUGGGUUUGCCCUGAUUCGCCGCAAUCGACACUAACCGGAAUCGGAAGCUGGUCCGUUCGAAUUGCAGUCUCUAGCAACGGAAGCCCAAACAGUCCUCCUCAGGUCUCGUCACCGCCGACGACGCCUUUCCCUGCUCCGAUCGAACCUUGGGAUCUGAUAUACGAAGUUGCUGGACAGCUCGCGAGCUUGAAGACGAACGGUAAAGGACCACCUAAUGCCAAAGGACUUUUCGGCGACCCACGAGCUCUGAUUCCCACAACUGGGUUUCUACUCGAAUCACUCUCACUCCAAAUUUCUCAGAGGCCAGUCAUGGUUACAUAUCGGGCCUUUGGCCCAAACCAGAAAGAGCCACAAGGACUUAACUAAAGCCCAACAAGAGCAAAGAAGGGCAUGCAAGCCCGGUCCAAUGGACCCUUUAGGUUGUAAAUGGUGGUUAAUUUCCUUCUUUAUGUAGGACUUCAAGUAGCUGAUCCAAACUGGGCUUUGCGAAACAUUGGGCCAGUCUUGAAUGCUUUAUGGGCUUUGUUUCACCCAUCGAUAUUCUGGUUUGGGUUGCUGCAUUUGAAUGAUAGGCCCGGAUCCCACCCAUUGUUUCUACUGGUCCAUGUGGCGCUUCCUCAUUAAUGACACUUUUGCUUACUUGUCAUCUUUUUAUUGACGGAAAAUUUCCCAGGAUGUCAAUUCAUUAAAAUAGUUUCAUUUCUUCUAA